GUACAGUGUAUCAUUUUACCCAUUCUCCACCCCAUCUUCUUCCCUUCUCUUCUUCCUUCUUCCCUUCUCUUCUUCCUUCUCCUCCUCCUCUUCUUGACCCUCCUACUUCUUCUUCUCCUCUUACUCCUUAUCCUCCCUUUUCCUUGUCUCAUUAUUUUUCUUUGGCUCUUUUCAGGGUGCUACAUAACUUUUUAGAAGCACUUUCCUGGUUGGCCAAGUAAAUUUUUUAAUAGUUGGAAUAUGCUUGCCCAAAAAUCUAUUUCACUUGCCCAAAAAAAUCCUUGAAAAAGAGUUUUACCUCUUAAAAAAAAAAGCAUUGUGGUUCUAUAAACCAUUGAAAUUCUUUUCUCUCUUUUGACAUGAACUGAUGUACCUUGUUAUUGCAUGGCUUUUUCCAAAGUGAUUUUAUCUUGCCCGCUAUGACCAAAAUUAGGGUCGAUAUCAUAUCAAAAAUAUCGACCCUAAUAGUAGUCAUUCCACUGUGAGAAUUUAGCUUUCCCAAUUUGGGCAAGUAGUUUUGGUCUUUGUUUCAAAACACUUGCCCGACUAACUGUUACUUGCCCCGGGCAAUCGGGCAAGUGCUUAUGAAACACCCUGCUCUUUUCUUCUUCUACUUCUCAUGACUUUAAUAACUUGAAAUGAAGUUUAAUCUAUAAUGAUGAGAUUUUUAUGUACAGUGAUUUUAACAUUAUACAGUUGCUUAUGACAGGGCCAAUAUCUUGAUCAGGGGAGCGUUUCAUCAACAUUUUUGUCUGACAAGUUGUCAGAUCUGACAUCUUUCCUUUAUUCUGAUUGGCUGACAAGCACUGCAACUAUGGUAACUGUCGGAUAAAAUGGGACUUAAAACGUCCGACAUGUCCUUUCAUGAAACACUCCCCUGAAGUAACCUUAUUCAAAGUCUGAAAUCAGAUUUAAAUCAUGAAAUCUUACAUCCAUUACAUUUUUUUUUAAAUGGCAAUGGAAUUCAUUUUUUUUUCUAGUCACUUUUGAUGAAUGAAGAUUUGUAGAAAUGAUUAGUUUGCAGGUGGGGCAAACCACAGAUUAUGCAGAGUAUUCAAUCCAGCCAGAAAAUGUGAAGAAAUACAGGGUCAGGACGUGUCUUUCCUCCUUUUAUGUAAUUUCCUGAAGUGAAAUUUGAGCCAAAAGAUAAGCAGAAAUUGCACCUAUAGGAUUUCCGACCUCACCGCAGUACAAUCUGUUUGGUUGGAUAGAUCACGAAACUGAGACUAACAAGACAGAAGAACUGUCAACAUAAUAACUUAUUUAACAUAAGAACUGUCGCUUGUAUCAGCUUUAUGAAACAUCCACCUGGAUUCCUCCGAACAGAAAAUCAGAGCUGCCAACCUGAUCACGAAAUUUCAGUAUUUCAAAUAACUGAUUAAAAAAAAUUAUGAGAAAAUCAUUAUUUUCAAAGCAAUACCAUAGGAUGACACACAAACCUAAACUUUAUCAGUAUUUUGCAUGGAACCAUCAAUUCUUUUUCAGUACUGUUUACUGAAAAUCAGUACAAGUUCGCAGAUCUGGAAAAAGCAGUAUUUUAUAAGAUGCCUAAUCGAUCCAACACAAUUGACAUCUCUAUUAUGUAACACACAAAUUUAGAAACAAACAAAAUUGUGGUAUUUUCCCUCACAACAAACUUAUUUGAUUGGUGGGUGUACAUGUACCCUUUAAACUACCUUUUUUUCUCCCUAAAAAGAUUCAUGCCAGUAGAAUCUCCCACUCAACAGGAUAUACAAUUAAGUAGUCUGCAAUAACUAAACCCAACUUAAAAGUAUAAUGCAUUCCAUGGAGUUCAAUUUUAAAAAAAAUCUUCUCAGAGUCUUUUUUAAAGAGAUUUUAAAUAGUGAAUUUGAAAAUGUUUGUUUUCUUUUUCUUUUAUAAAUGUCAGGAUAGUUUGAAGUUGAUGAUUUUUGAGUGAGAUAACUCACAACUAAGAGGUUUGUGUAUGAAGACUAUCCUCAAUUACUUUCUGCUUUGAAUGAACCAUUCCCACUUCCCUGAGCAACAUCCUUCCCAAAACUAAAAAACCAAAUUUGGUAUAUAAGUGGGAGUGUACUGAAGUCUCCAAUUUAAUGAGGUUUGGUAUAACUGUCACCAUCACACCAACCCUUUGGUGCUCCAUCAAGCAUUACUAAUACCAUCAACAGAAUACUCUGUGAAUUGAUAGAUGUUUUAGUCUGCUUGUCAACAACCAUCAAAAGGCAGUGGACAAAAAGUUACACUAGAUACUGGUACUGGUUGUAAACAAGGGUGAAGAAUUUGUCUCUGUAAGAUCAAAAGUGGACAAAUAUUGGAAUUCAGGAUGGAUCUCGAAAGUGCUUUUGAAGAAGGUUUCGACGAGGAUAUGUUUUCGAACAUGACAAAUUACAACGGAACAACAGGGGUCAAUUAUCCAACGAGGGUGGUACUUGCUAUUGCUUUCCUGAUCAUGACCGUGGUCGGCAUAGUGGGCAAUGUCUUUGUGAUUGGUGCGGUGAUACUGUCACGGAGGCUCCAGACACCGAUGAAUGCCUUUGUGGUGAAUCUUGCGGUAGCCGAUCUCCUGGCCUGUGUUACGUUCCCUACUCAGGCAGCGAGUUUGCUGGUGGGCUACCCUGUCUGGUUGUGUGUGAUUACAGCACUCAUGGACAUCACCUCCCUUGGAUGCAGCCUCAUCACCAUCACGCUGAUCGCAAUCAAUCGCUUCAUCCUCAUCACCAAGACAAAGAACGUCUAUCAGAAAAUAUACACUCCUAUGAACCUGGGGAUCAUGAUCGUCAUCGCCUGGGUGAUAGGUCCUCUCUGCAUGAUCCUGGCAUCUUCCAGAGUCUGUGGAGUCUACCUGGUGAAGCAUGGUGCCGGCUACCUAAGCUGGUUGGUUCCCAUCUUGCUCAUUACAACCCUGGUCAUCAUCCUGGUCUGCUACAUACUCAUCUUUCUCUUCAUCAAACGCCACGUGGCACGCUCCAUGGCAACGUCCAAGCGCCUUGACAUUUCCAUCACCAAGAAUCUCCUUUACGUGGUCUGUGCAUUCUAUGCCUGCGUCCUCCCUUUCACCAUCGUGGUAUCGACGGGCAGAUUCUUCAUCCCACCUGGGGCUCUUGUCACCGUCGAGACCUUCUUCACGGUCAUCCUCUACAUGAACAGCGUGGUGAACCCGAUCAUCUAUGCUGCAAGGCAUCCAAUCUUCAAGCCCAUCUUUGGGUAUAUGAUCAAGCGCCAGUGGCAUAACAUACCGGAACCAUCGCGACUUGCCAAGUCAUUCGGGACGGACCAGAGAGAUGGAUAUUCCCUGGACAAGAGCAUAUCAAGCAGUGUCAAAACAGAGCUUACAUCAGCUUAUGUGUAAUUUUUUCACCUUUCAAUGUUCCUUCUUAACUCAUCUUAUCAUUGUGUCAUUUGAAUGGAGAUGGCUAUAUAUGAAAAGCACAUUAAAAGAACAACUUUGGAUUAAUAAAGCUCAAAUACAUGUAGUUCUCACUCACAUAAACCCUUGGAAGAAUGGUGUUUCAUGAAUUUAAUCUGUGUGACUUUCAAUUUAUAAACUACAUGAAUAGAUCAUGUCUACAUGUACAUGUACAUGUAUCUUACUCCUUAUUUUCUUUGACUCAUCAACUGGUAUCACAAUGUUUUAGAACACUGUAAUAUGUUCAAUGACUUUAUCGAUCACCUGGAUCUUUUUAGGGCACCCAUGAGCAUAUUCAUGUAUAGCACUUAAAAUAUGUUCAUAGAUCUUUUUAGGGCAUCCGUGAGUAUAUUCAUGUAUAGCACUUAAAAUGUGUUAAUAGAUCUUUUUAGAGCACCCAUGAGCAUAUUCAUGUAUAGCACUUAGAAUAUGUUGAUAUCUUUUUAGAGCACCCAUGAGCAUAUUCAUGUAUAGCACUUAGCAUAUGUUGAUAUCUUUUUAGAGCACCCAUGAGCAUAUUCAUGUAUAGUACUUAUAAUAUGUUCAAUGACUAGACAUAGAUCUUUUUAGAGCACCCAAGAGCAUAUCCAUGUAUACUGUAGCAUGAUUAGCAUCUCACCAGCAUUCAACAAAAUUAAAUGUAAAUAAGUCCAAUUAUCAAGGUCUUUUGCAAAGAGAAAUCUUUUCUUUAUAUUUGUACUUUGCUUUUGAAUAUAUGAUGCAAUGCAUUGAAAUUUCAUCAAAAUCUAAUAGGCAAACUUGAUCUUAUUUGUUGGGGCAGACUUGAAAAAAUGCUGUGAAAAUGAACAUAUACACACAAUAGGAAUAUGGUGCCAAUUUCUAAAAGGGAAGAAAUAUAAUAAUACACUGUACAAUAUCUGAAAAGUAAUACAAUCUAAUAUCUUUGGAAAGUUAAUUUAUGAAAGGUUGUGUGAUGCCAGUAACUGUGGUAAUCAUUCAUUAUUUAUAUACAAUGUUACAAUGUGUGAUACACAUCAUUAUCACUAUAUACAUGUACGGUUAUUUUCCUUUAAAAGCAACAGAACUAGGUUUAGCAUGAUGGAUGCUGUUUUUUUCAAAGGAAGUGAUUGGAUUGGAUAACUAAGCAACAGAAAAAUACUUGAAAGUAAAUAUUUUUUUUAAAGAUAUUGUGCUACAUGUAUAUUGUCCAUAACUGAAAGAAAGUGAAUUGUAUUGUAUGACAACAAACGUAAACAUGAAUCGUAUUAAUCAUGUUUGAUUGAUGAAGCACGAUUUAAAAAAAAACUAUUAAAGAAUUGAAAGAAAUAUCAUAAAGCUGAGUCAGAAACUGGUCGUGUUGUCCAAAGAGAUUUUUUUUUUUUUCUAUCAUGACAUUGGGAACAGAAUUCUGAGAACACAAGCAUUAAAAUAAUGAAAUCAUUGCUUUUUCCCAAAAAUUAUCCGUGGCUUCAAGGUCAUGGUAGGCCUACAAUGUAAAUAUUUGUGUGAAUACCAUGAACUGGCAGUGCAUUGCCAAUGUGGGUAUCCAUAACAAGCACUACAUUUACAGUUGAUGCUAUACAAUAAAAUACACAAUAUAGAAAAUAAAGGAAAAUAUAUUUAAUCAUGAACAUAUUUAUUUAAAAAAAAAGUUCUUUUUAAAGCCUGAAAGUUUCUUUGUAUGAAGCUGACCAACACAGAGACAACUUAAACACCCUAUGAAUUUUAGGAUUGUAAAUGGUUGCAUUGCUACUUUUAUUUUGUUUAUACAUUAAAGAGAUUUCUAUAUAGUUCUUGUGGAUACCAUGCUUAAUCCUUAUGCCUAGCACUGUAACGUGUGAUAUAGCUAUUACCACGGUGAUUGAUUUAUAUUUUUUUCAAAAAGGUGAUUGAUAGCACCAAAGGAGGAUGAAAUUUCCUAUACAUGUAUAUAAAGUUACAUAAUUUUCACCAAAUUAUCAACUGUGUAUUGAGAUGCUUGUUGACAUCAAUGAUUUUAGAACAGAUCAGAAUUCACAUUUAAAUGUGAAUAAAAAUGACUGAAAAAUUGAAUCAUUACAAAUAAUAUGAUCACGUUGUGGACUUGUGGUAACCUAAAAAAUAUGAUUGUCAACAGUAACGCUUGAUGAAACAUCUCUUCUAAAGGUAAAAAAAUUAAAAAAAGGCAAAAGACAAAAAAAUAAAAAUAAAGUCAUUUUGAUGCACUUAUCAAUUCAGCAGCUCUUAUAAGACAAGUUCAGUGUGGAAUUUCCUUUAAAAUGAAAGCCAAGGGAUAAAAUAUAUGCUGGUAAUAUCAGUACCAACAAUGUGGUAACAAGAUCACGAAAUGAAGAGAAGACAAGAGCUAAAAAUGUGUCACUCAUACCAGUGAUCUUGUUACAAGAUGAUACUUGGUUGCAUUUUAUUUCAAUUGGAUACUAUGAACUAAUUCACAAACAAAUUCCUUAUUCUGGGAGUUGAUGAUGAAACAUUUCUACAAUUUUCAUUAUAAAGUUUAAAUAAAACACAAAUAUUAAACUGUACAUGUUUAGAACAGCUUGCAUUAUGUGUUUCAAAAUAUGAAAGUUUGUUUAUAAGUUCCAAUUAAAAACAAGGCCCUGUUCCUGGUGAUGUCUACAGUUUUUAGUUUUUGUGUGUGUGAAGUAAACAUGGACAUGAUCUCCUUUCUCCUUGUUAAAUGUUAAUCUGUUCUUGAAUGUUUCACCUUUGUCUUUUCCUGAAAAGUAUACAUUCUGUGACUAAUCCACCUGUAAAACAAUUUAUGUACAUAUUGCAAUGCUGAGACACUUGAACUUUCUGAGAAAUGCAAUUAAUAUUGUUAUUUAUUUGAAAAUUGAUAUUGUACUUCAUUUCAUGAAAUAUAAUUUCAAUGGUUCCUCAUACAUGUAGUAUAUAGAAGCUGAUUAGUAGUUGUUUAGGAUUGAACAUUUGCAAUCAAUCCUCAGUAACCCUAAUGUAAAGGAAACGAAACCUAAAUCUCUUUAUCUUAUCCCUGGUUUUACAAUGCAAGAUAUUGAAUAAAUCAAUACUACACACA